GGAGCGCCUGGUGGAGGCGGGAGCUUCCGGACCCUGGGAGGGGGUCCCAGCGCGUCCGAGUUGGAGGCAGGACCCCUGGAGCUGCCCUGUACAGACCAUGGACCCUGAGGUGUCCCUGCUGGUGCAGUGCCCUCCCGGGGGGCUGCCCCAGGAGCAGGUACAGGUCGAGCUGAGCCCAACCUACGACCGUCGCCCACUACCAGGUGGGGACAAAGCCAUCACUGCCAUCUGGGAGACCCGGCUACAGGCCCAACCCUGGCUCUUCAACGCCCCCAAGUUCCGCCUGCACUCAGCCACCCUGGUGCCCAUUGGCUCACAGAAGCCACAGCUGCUCCUGCGCCUGGGCCUUACUUCCUACAGAGACUUCCUGGGCACCAACUGGGCCAGCUCAGCUGCCUGGCUGCGACAGCAGGGGGCCGCUGAUUGGGGUGACAGGCAAGCCUAUCUAGCGGACCCACUGGGGGUGGGCGCCGCACUAGCCACUGCCGAUGACUUCCUUGUCUUCCUGCGCCGCUCUCGGCAGGUGGCUGAGGCCCCUGGGCUGGUGGACGUGCCUGGUGGGCACCCUGAGCCUCAGGCCCUGUGCCCUGGUGACAGCCCCCAGCACAAGGACCUCCCUGGGGAACUGGUGAUACGUGAACUCUUCUCCAGUGUCCUGCAGGAGAUCUGUGAUGAGGUGAACCUGCCACUGCUCACCCUGAGCCAGCCCCGGCUGUUGGGCAUUGCACGCAAUGAGACCAGUGCCGGCCGAGCCAGUGCCGAGUUCUACGUCCAGUGCAGCCUGACUUCUGAGCAGGUGAGGAAGCACUACCUGAGUGGGGGACCCGAGGCCCAUGAGUCAACAGCAAUCCUCUUUGUGGAGACACAGAAUGUGCAGAGACUGCAGGAGACCGAGAUGUGGGCUGAGCUCUGCCCCUCCGCCAAAGGCGCUAUCCUCCUCUACAACCGGUCUAGGGAAGUGCAACCUGAGUGGCCCUAGGGUCCCCAGCCCUACCACCAGUUCUCUGAAGAAAAUAAAAGACUUUAUUCUUUGA